AUGUCGUCCCCUCCGCUCUCUAGCCACGCCAAACUCCCCACCACCGGCGCCUCCGCGUGCCACCCCCGCCCGCGUGACCGUCACCUCCUAGUCCGCGGUUGGUCCGUCGCCGCCGCUACGCCUCUCGUGGCCACGUCCUCCUCCUCGGGCCCCGCCUGCUGCCAUCACUACUCCGUGGCUACCGCCCCCUCCCUGCGCGCCUCCUCCUUCGCCUCCCCACGGCGCGCAGGCGGCGCUGGCCUCGAUGCCCUCACCGUCGCUGCUUCCGCGGUUGCAGUAUCUGCGUGCUUGAUAUUCUUUUCGGCGAUUCGCUCCAUGCUGGCAUGUAAGAGGGAUGCAGAGUUUCUCGAGAAGUACUUUGAUUCAGCAAGAGAGAAACUACCAGAAACUAUGGCUUCAGUGAGACUGGUUGGGAGGGAGAUCGGUGAUUUGGCUGCAGAUCUUAGUGAUCUAAGCCAAGAAUUGACAAAGGGCGUAAAAAGUUCCAUGAGCAUUAUUCACACGGCCGAGGCACAACUUCGCCAGUCGCCACCCUCUGCCCUGCCAGGUGAACUCCAGUUUGGUGCCAAUAACUUACGAGAUAACCCAAGCAAUUAUAACCUGGGAUUUUACUAG